CUCUCUUAGGCUUGAUAGGCUAAUAGUGUGGCGUCUUCCGUGAGUUUGGUUUCUUGGGCUAACUCCAUUUCCGGCCCGUAGCAGCCCGCAGGCCCGCCGCUGAAUUCUGGUUUUACCUCGUUAGUGUAACUAGCCACGAGCGCCAGAUAGCAUUUCUGGAGGAAUAGAGCGCCAGAUAGAAUUUCGUUUUUGCCCUCUCCUUUGCUUGACCUAAUAAUAGCUCUAUUGAUUCUCACACGUCAUUUUCUUGCCCUAGUUCAGCGGCUGAGCUCCUCUGACAUUCGUAUUGCAAUUUUGUCUUUGUUCGUUCGUUGAAGGCCUAUCGCGAUUUUGAGUUCUUUGAAGAACUUCUGCCACUAAUUUGCUGAAUUCAGAGUGGGCUGCCUGCUAUUAGAUUCAAGCCAAAAAUGACAAACCUUCUCAGUAGAAAACAAUUGUUGUUAUGGCUCAUUGAAGAAGAAAUGCGCCAGUUCAUAUUUCGAAUUGCUUUAGUGAUUGAUGUUAUCUUUCGUAUGAGGUCUAAAAAAAGAAAACGUAGCCAUCAAAUUGAAUCAUACAACAUCUUGCAAAGGAUCCCUGAUCAAGUAAAACAUCUAAAUAUGAUGACUAUGGUUAGCGAUAUAGAUUGUGUGUUGAAUCUGCGGAUGGAUAGAAAUGCGUUUGGGAGAUUGUGUAAUCUGAUGAGACAACUAGGUUCAUUAAAAGAUGGUAAAUUUGUGACCGUUGAGGAACAGUUGGCCAUGUUUUUAUCCGUAUUAGCCCAUCACAAGAAAAAUCGUGUCGUGCGCUUUGAUUUUUGGAGAUCGGGCCAAACAAUAUCGCGCUAUAUUCACACUGUUUUGAAAGCCAUCUUGAAGCUACAUGUUCUACUCCUAGUGAAGCCUGAUCCGGUAUCUGGUGACAACAAUGAUCCACGAUGGAAGUGGUUUAAGGGCUGUCUUGGUGCGCUAGAUGGCACUUACAUAAACGUGAAAGUGCCGAAUUGUGACAAGGCACGAUAUAGGACACGUAAAGGACAGAUUUCAACAAACACGCUAGGUGUUUGUGACCAGAACAUGAGGUUUGUAUACGCAUUACCAGGAUGGGAAGGUUCAGCAGCCGACUCUAGGAUAUUGCGUGACGCUCUCAAUCGACCCUACGGUCUUAGGGUACCAAAGGGGAACUACUACCUAGUGGACAACGGCUAUGCUAAUAGCGAGGGAUUCCUAGCUCCAUACAAAGGUGUUCGCUAUCAUUUGAAAGAGUGGGGACCUAGUUCAGCGAGACCACAAAAUGCAGAGGAACUCUUUAACCUAAGACACACAAAAGCGCGCAAUGUUAUUGAACGUGCUUUUGGGAUAAUGAAGAUGAGAUGGGGAAUUUUGCGGAGUACAACAUACUACCCUAUUCAGGUCCAAACUAGGUUGAUAAUGGCCUGCUUUCUACUUCAUAAUUUCAUCCGAAAUGAGAUGGCCUUCGACCCAAUUGAGCAGCAAUAUGAUACCGCUAUCAAUGAAAACGAUGAUGUAGAAAUAGAUCACUCGCACUACAUUGACUCGGUAGAGGCAUCGCAAGCGUGGAACGCGGAGAGGGAUUCCUUGGCAAAUGCUAUGUGGCAGCAGUAUUUGAGAGGAAAUUAGUUGAUAAGUUUGAAUAGUUUAUGUAGUUCUGAAAAAUUGUGAUAGUAGUGUCAAAUUGAAAGUCUAUCCUAUGGAUUAAAUGCUUGAUUUCAAAGCUUGUGUUUGGGCUCUUUCG